AUGACCUACUUUGUUAUGUUUUUGGGAUUUUGUUUUAUUUUGGGAGCGGUAGCGGUGGCGUCUAAUCCGUCUCCCUAUUAUGGUGUACUUGGUUUGGUUGUUGGGUCUGUUGUUGGUUGUGGGUGGUUGUUGAGUUUGGGGGUGUCAUUUAUCUCUUUAGCAUUAUUUUUGGUUUAUUUAGGGGGGAUGUUGGUAGUAUUUGUAUACUCUGUAUCAUUGGCUGCUGAUCCUUAUCCUCAGGCCUGGGGGAGCUGGCAGGUGGUGAUUUAUGGGGUAGGGCUUGUUUUGGUUGUUUUAGUUGGUAUUGUGGUGGGUGAUUUUGUGGGGGUGUGGAAUUUGUGGGUGGGGACUGUAGAUUAUGGGGGGCUUGGUGCUGUUCGGUUGGAUUUUAGUGGGGUAGCUUUGUUUUAUUCUUGGGGAGCUGGUUUGUUUUUGGUUGCGGGUUGGGGGCUGCUGUUAACUCUGUUUGUGGUCUUGGAGUUAGUGCGGGGGCUAUCUCGGGGGGCAAUUCGGGCAGUUUAG